AUGGGUAUGAAGAUCCGCCUGGCUCUUGUUAAGGUGAUUUUGCAGGGGUUUGGUCUACAGGUGCCUCUCGAAGCCAGCGACAGAAAUCUCUUUUUGGGUGCACCACCUCACACCGCCAAGCCUCCCUCGACAGGUGCAUCUACAUUAGUACUCCGUCUUAGCAACCCUCAGGCAAUGGGAUUGAAUCAAAAUCGGGUACAAAAUGAGGUGGCCGCUAUGAGUAUUGCACGCGCCGGAUUACGCACCUAUCAGUCUGGCCUUGAAGUUCUCGUUCCGGCCAUUUAUGCUUGGAAGGCAACUUCGUCAAGUGAAGGUACUCCUGGGCUUGUCUGGAUUCUAAUGGAAUACAAGAGCGGCGUGUCUCUAGAUGAGCAUUUUCCUAGCCUAUGUACCACCAAGAAAAAGGGUGUUCUCGAGCAGAUUGCAGAUGUCAUCGUGGGGAUUGAGCGCUCCCAGUUACCGUUAGAGGUCAAUCAAUUUGGAGGAUUGACGAUAGACAAUAAAGGCUCUAUCAUUAGCGGAGAGAUGACGAUCGUUAAGGGGGGGGGACCAUGGAAGACCUAUGAAGCUUGGUGGCAGGAUAGACUGCAAGAUCAGCUGAAAGGUGCAGAUAAAAGUCCGGUUAUAGAAGGGUGGCGGCCGGAUGGCGAUCUUCGCCAGCACCUUGAGGAGUUUAUCGCCCAUGGACUAAGUUCUGUGCUUACUAGAGCGGGAUUUGAUUCCAGCAAGCGAGUGCUUAUACAUGGGGAUUUCACAAUGAACAACAUGCUUGUUGACCCAGAUACCGAUCAACUCACGGCAGUGCUCGACUUUGACUUCUCCUACAUUGCCCCCCCCCCAGCGCAUCUGUUUUUCACUUCUCUGCAAAGCCUAGGCACCGGCACUGACCCAACUGGUGGUAAACUUACCAAGACAUUGCUGACAGGUACAUUUGAAGAUAUCAGUGACAUGUCAGAGAAAGGAAAUAGUAUAUGGUGGCAGGCGUGA